AUGGCGACCCCUUCCGGUCCGUCGCGCCGCGAGGACGUGACGUCGGCAACAAACGGCGGUGACGUCACCGAGCGGCCGACAGAUAACAUCGCCAGCGCGGCGGCAGAGACCGGUCAGACGGGCAAAGAGACGGCCACCCAGUCCGGAGCUCCGGUCAGCGGCGGGGCGGCAGAGACCGGUCAGGCGGGCAAGGAGACGGCCACCCAGUCCGGAUCUUCGGUGAGCGGCGGGGCAGCGCAGACCGGCCAGACAGGAGAGGAGACGGCCACCCAGUCCGGGUCUUCGGUCAGCGGCGGGGCGGCGGAGACCGGCGCGCAGGUCGGCACGAACGACACGAUCAAGCGCUCGGUACCAGAGCCCGAAUACUGGGUCGUGACGGUGCUCAAGUACGUGCCCGACCGGGUGGACGACGAGUUCGUGCGUGACGUAGAGCGCCGGCUCAGCCAGGCGUUCAGCGACGCGUACGAGCAGUACCAGUCUCCUUCAGACACAGCGCCGGGCUUCCGAGCACCGCGCCGUCCCGCGUCAGGGGCCUCAAGAGGCCGCCCGCGGCGCCGUCGACGCUCGCGGGACAGCUCGCCGCCCGUUCAGGUGUACGUGCACAACGUGAGCGUCGAGGACAACCGCACCCGGCUGCUCUACACGGCCUGGAGGGACGGCCAGCCCCUGCUCGCCACUGACGCCGUGAAGCUGGUCAGCCGGGCGGUCGACGACAAGGAAAUGUCCGUCCGCAUGGGGCACGUGGUCGUGCUCACAGAAGAGUACCUCCAGCCGGUGCGGAGCGAGGCCCGGCCGUACUGGAUCAUCGCCGUGGUGCUUGCCAUCGUCUUCCUCCUGGUCUUCCUCAUCUGGCUGUGCUGCUUCUGCUGGAAGCGGUAUAAACGACGCGCCAAAGACGAAACGGACGCGGGCAUCAGCAACCGCCGCGCUGUGUUUGAGGAGGAGGGACGCGACAACAGGGGCUUUGUGGACGGGAACGACGAAGGCAAGCCGGGAGGGAGCGGCACGGCGCCGCCGGUGGGCGUAGCCGCGGCCAGCUGCCAAACCUCGCCAGAAGAGGGCAACACGCCCUCCACCGACCGCCUGAUCCGGGUCAAGGCGGGUCGCCGCGGCAAAGACAAGUACGUCAUCGAGGGAAGCGACAGCGAGCCGGACGACUCGAUGUACGCCUCGCUGGGACUGGCCGGGUCCGUGGUGGCGCGCCACGGCAGCGACCGCUCGCUGACACCCGUGCGUCUCGAGACCGAGACCGUGGAGAUUCUGAGCGGCUCUGGGUCGGAGAGCGACGGCUCCGGCUGGGAGGAGCCGCGCACGGAGCCGACCACCGACCUGGGCCGCAUGCGACGCCGCUUCCACACGCUGCUGGACACGGCCUUCAACUCGCUGGACGGCGAGACCAGCAACAGCAGGUGGCGCUGCCGCUCAGCAGCGCCCUCCCGCAACAGAUCUGACAUCGACGCAGAGGUGAGCGGGCGUGACCCGCCACCGCGGCCGGCCAGCGCGCUCGAGCGCCGCUCGGUGCCCACCCAGGUGCGCCUCUCUCCGGGCCACAAGUCGGCCUGGACCACCACUGACGACCUGACGCGCCCCGACGACCCGGCCGUGCCACUCAUACGCGCCAUCAAGGCCGAGCUACGCCGCUUCGGCCAGACGGUGCCCACAGACUACUCGGACGUGUGA